GUACCUGUACGUUGGGCUGCGAGUAGACAGUGCUCGAAGGCUGCAAACUCAACUUGUUGCAACGAAAAUGCAAUUCUCCAGGGAUUCUUAGUUUUUCAACAAGAUACUUGUGUUUAUCACGGCACGGAACUCUUGCGCUCAUCAAAGUUGACCAUGACUGUUUCAGAGACGUCGCAGGAAGCAGCGCGACAAACAUGUGUGACAUCUAAAUGAUAAGACUACGCGAUUGAAAAGGCAACUUUGUGGGUCGUCAGUGACACGGGCACGAAUGGAGGUCGAGCAGGAGCGGCCAGCAGAGCGCUCCAACAUAGCAGGCGCACCGCAAGUUGGACGGAAGUCCGUGAACUGGGCGAGGAAGCGCGAGGUGCUGGAGGAUGAGAACCUCUCUGUCUUCGCAAUGGGCUCCAUUGAAUCCUCCUCCAGCAACAUCACGGCGCCUGGCCGUGAGGGCGCCAUCUCGCCGCUGGACUUCGCCGCAGCCACCGCCGUGGCUACCGGCUUCCACCGCCCACAGAGCAGCGGCGGGGCCGGGGCCGGGGGCGCCGAGAGCGGGCGCAUGUACGGCAAGAGCUCCAGCCGUGCCGCCAGCCGCGGCGUAAGCCGGACAAACUCGGCUGUGUCGGGCCUGCGGCAGGGCGGGCUGCCGGCGGCGGGCGGUGGGUAUGGCGGGCCCGGAGGGUACGGCAACGCUGGCGGCGUCAGCGCUGUGCCCAGUAGUGCAUGGGGCGGCGGCACGGAGGGCGGCGAGAGCACCUACAGCACCGUGUUUGAGAGGCCGCCCGUAAUUCCACGCCGGCCCUCCGCUCGGUCGCUGGCAACAGCCGGCGGCGGCGGCGGCGGCGGCCCCGCCCACCUCAAUGUAAACGUGGGGCCCUUCCCAGCCGGCGCCCCGGGCCCUGUGAGCGGCUCCCCAGUGCGGCCCGGCACCUCUGCCGGGUACGACACGCAUGGGGGCCAGCCGCCCGGCUCCCCCUCCCGCCCCAUCACCCCUGCCAGCCCCAGCAAGGUGGGACUGUCCGCCCGCCAGCGCGCCAUGAUGGACGCGGCGGCGGUGGGGCAGUUCCGCUUCGCGCGCAUCCCGCGCCCCAGCGGCGCCGGUGGCGGCGCUGCGCUUCCGUCGGUGUACAGCAGCGUCCCGGGCGGAGCCGUGAAUGUGUUGAACCUGGAGGGCGGCGGCGGCGGUGGUGGUGGGGAGCCGGGGCGACUGGGCUCGCCAGGGCUGCCGGGGCUGUCCGGCCGGGAGGGGCAGGCGGGUGUCGGCGCUGGGCUGAAUGCCUUCCGGGUGAGUGCGGCGGCGGUGAUGGCGGCGGCGGCCUUCUCCGCCUCGCCCAUCGCGCCCUACCGCCGCGCGGCGCCGCCGCAGCCCGCAGCCAACUUUGGUCCCUCAGGCGCUGGCGGCGGUUCCCAGCGCCCCUCAGACGCCGCCCGGCAGCAGCAGCAGCAACAGCAGAUGCUGGCGGCUCGGCCCUCAACCAUGGCUAUGGCAACUUCAAUUAUGGCGGAGCUGAACGCCGCGCACAUGGCGGCGCAUGAGGGCAUGCCGCUAGGCGGCGGCGGCGGCGGCCUGGCCGGCACCAGCGCCAGCGACGGCGGCGCCGCCGCUAGCAGCCUGUCUGUCGGGCUGCCGCCGCCGCCGCCGUCGGGCGCGGCGGCGGCGGCAGCAAUCGCGGCGGCGGCAACUCCGUCAUGGGCUCACCCCAGUGCCGCUGCCAACCGCGGCGACCUCACCAGCCGCUCCGCCGCCUCACUGGGGGAGCGCAAGGCCGCCGCCGCCGCCGCCGCGAACGCUUCCGCCGUCACCCUCCCUGGCGGCGGCGGCAGCAGUGACGUCUUGCUCCACGCGGCGUCCAUCUACCAGAGCCACGGCGCUACGCACGGCCACGGCCACGAGGCGGGCCCGGGGCCGGGGCCGGGGCCGGGCGGCAGCAGCAGUAGUCCGGCGGUGCGGACGGAGGUGCUGGCGAGCUUUGUGCGGCCGGGCCGCGGCGCCAUACUGCAGCCUGGGCUGGUGCAGCCGCCGCCGCCGGCGCCCGACAUCAGCGACGCGGAGGCGCUGCUGCUGGGCAGUGCCGCGGGCGGGCUGGGCCACCUGCCGGGCGCGGAGGCGUUCGACCCCGCCGCCGCCUCCAGCGCCAUGCUGGAUGCGGAGCUGGCGCCGCUGCUCAAGGAGGUGGCGGAGAUCAACGUGCGGCCGGCGGUGCGGGCGGCACUGGGCAAACUGGACGACAGGGCCAUCAAGCAGCUCUUCAUCGCCACGGCCCGGCGUGUGGAGCACCUGCCCUGCACCCCCGUGGCGCUGUCCAGCGGCUCCGGACUGCUGCUGCCGCUGCCCGGACCCAAGGGAGUGGCGGGGUACAAGGUGAACGCCAAGGGCCAGGUCCACGCCACCACAAAGUUGGGCCACUACCUGCGAGUGGAGGCCCCAGGCGGAGGAGGCGGAGGCGGCGGCGGCAGGCAGCAGCAGCACUCGGCCGCACGCGGCAGCACCGCAGGAGGAGGCGGCGGCGGCGGCGAGGGGGGGAAAGGAGGAGGCGGAGGAGGUGGGGAGGCGCCGGGGUCGCCACUGGCGGGCGGCGCCUCCUCCUCUGAGUUCUCAUUCCUACAGCAGCUGCUGGACCAGGAUCCCGAGGCGCUCACUCCCAAGACGCGGGCGCUGCUGGCCCGGCACGGCCCCGCAGCCACCCUGGCGCUGGUGGAGGCCAUGGAGGCGGAGGUGGCGGCGGCCGCGGCGGCGGCGGCGGCUGGGGGCGGCCGCUCCGGCCCCGGUGGCGUGUCUGCCACACCCGGCAGCACCAUUCGCCGCACCGCAGGCGGCGGCGGCAGUAGCAGCACGGGGCCGGCCGGCGGCGGCGGCGGCGGCGGCGGCGGCGGCGGCGGCGGCGCCAACGGCGCCGCCAGUCCUCGCUCCGGCAGUAGCGCGCGGCGGCGCAGCAGUGCCAGCGGCGGCCACCGGCACAUCCCGGCCCCCACUGCGGCCUUCGACUCAGAAGACGAGGAGGGGGACGUGGUGGCCCUGGCGGCGGCACUGGAGGAGGAGGAGGGGGAGGAGGAGGAGUUUGGGGGUGCCAGCGCGGGCUCGCGAGGGCAGCUGUCGGCGGGCCAGCUCGGCCCCUUCAGAGCUGGCGUGUCUAGGCUGGCGGAUGGCAGCCGUGCUGCUACUGCUGGCGGAGGAGGCGCGGGAGUGGAGCUCAACAGCAGCCGCAGCGGCAAUGACCGAGGAGGAGGAGGUGGUGGCGAGACAGGCCGCAGCGGCGGCAGCCACGGCGCGGAGGCGGCGUCUGCGGACCCGCUGCAGGCGCGGCGGCAGCGGUUGGGGCAGUUGAUGGCGGAGCUGGAGGAGGAGGAGAUCAAUGACGCCGAGCUGCGGCACUACACGCCCUUCGUGGGCAUUGACGGAGACGACCACACAGCCGCCGCAGUGGCCGCAGCCACACUCGCCGCACUCACACGCAGCGCCGCCGCCACUGGCGCCGUCAGCGCCGGCGCCGCCACCCUCGCCCGCGCCGCCGCCGCCGCCGCCGGCAGCGACGCCGCCGCCACCCGCUACUACGCUGGCGGCGCUGGCGGCGCGUACGUCACGCCGGCGCCGACGGCGGCGCCGUCGCAUCGCGCCAGUGACGACAGCGGCGGCGAUGACACCGGUGCAACUGCCGGCGGCGGCGGCGCAGCCGCCAUUACUAAUGCUGGCGGCGGCGCGGCGGGUUUUGCGGCUCAGCAGUUUCUUGACGGCAACGGCGCAGAGGAGGACGAUGAGGAGCGGGCGGUCACAGAUGAGGAGCUGGGGCUGCUGUCUCCCGACCAGGUGCUGGCGGCUCUGGAGGCGGCUGCCGGCACCGCCGCCACCGCCUCCGACGAGCUGUUCGCGCGGCUGGAGCACGCCAUGAAGCGGCGGGAGGCGCUGGCGGCCAGGAAGGCGCGCGUGGCGGCCGAGGCGGCGCGGCGCGAGGCCGAGGAGGCGGCUCGCUACGUGGAGGUGGCGCUGGGGGAGCAGGACGACGGCGACGAGCUGGCGGGGCCGCUGGCGGCGGGGGCGCGCGGCGCGGUGUGGCGGCUGCGGCGGCACGGCGGCGGCGGCGCGGCGCGCGGCGACCUGACGGCGGCGGGCGGGCUGGACAGCUGGCCGUCGGGGCGCAUGCAGCCGCCGCCGGCGGGCGCGGUGGCGGCGGGGCACAGCUCCUCACAGUUGCUGCCCCACGCCGCCUCCAUGAGGAUCCGAGUGCCCGAGUCCAGCGCCCUCCCAGCCAGCGCCCUGCCCACACCCGCCGGAGGCGCCGGCGCCGACGGCUACGGCUACGGCUACAGCCACAGCCGCGCUGCCAGCCCCGGCCCCGGCCCCAGCGGCGAGCUGCCGCAGCCCUUCGCCGCCUUCGGCACACGCAGCAUGAGCCCCGGGGCCGGCGGCGUGUCGUUGCAGCGCCAGGCCACGACGCUGGUGCGGCGGCAUGCGGCGGCGGCGGCGCCGCCUCCGGACCCGCCGUUUGCGUUUGCCAGCGAGCGGCAGCGCGCCAAGCUGGAGCCGGUGCUGGGGGCGUGGGGCGUGGCGCAGGCGGCAGACCCGCAGAUGGCCGCCCUGGGCGCCUUCAAGGAGGCGCUGCUGCCGCCCGGACACCGCCCGCCGCCGCCCGACAUGAAGCCCUUCGCGCCGGCAGCGGGCGAGAGCGCGCGAGUCACGGAGGCGCAGGUGGCCCGGCGCCUGGCCCAGAUGGGCGAGACCGGCUCCCCCACCCUGGACAUCGACUUCGGCCCCCGCCUGGCCCGCCCCGACUUCGGUGUGUUGUACGGCUGCCUGCGCCGCCUGCCGCCCGCCGCCGUGCUGGGGCUGAGGGCGGGGGCGGGGGCGCUGGGCGGCACGGGCGCGGCGGAGGGGCUGGCGGCGCUAGUGAAGGCCUGCCCCGGCAUCGAGGAGCUCGACCUGCGCUCCAACGCCGGCCUGGACUCCGCCUCCGCGGCCCGCCUGGCUCCGCUGCUGCACCCGCACUACCGCUGCGGGCUGCGGCGGCUGGACCUGUCGGGCUGCCCGGCACUGGGCGACGCGGGCUUUGCGGCGCUGGCCAUGAACCUGGCGCAGAACAAGAUGCUGCAGGUCCUGAACCUGUCCGGCUGCGGCCUGGGCGACGGCUCGCUGCUGGGCCUGGACCGCUGCCUGGCGCUCAACACCUGCCUGCGCGAGCUGGACCUCAGCGCAAACAGCUUCAGCAGCGCGGGCGUGGCGGCGCUGUGCAGGGACCUGGAGGACAACCGCUCCCUCCGCCGCCUGUCCCUGGCGCGCUGCUCCCUCGGCGACGCCGGCGCCGCCCACCUGGGGCGCACGCUGCUGCCCGCGCACCCCACCCUGACGCACCUGGACCUGGCCCACACCGGCCUGGGCUGGCGCGGCGCGCGCGCACUGGCGGAGGGGCUGCGGCCGCGGCCGGAGCAGUACGACCCGGGGCUGGGGCUGCCGGCGCUGCGGGAGCUGGGGCUGGCGGGGAACCCACUGGGGCAGGCAGGCGUGCUGGCCGUACUCAAGCUGCUGAUGGCCAACCCCCGCCUGUCCUGGGUGUGUCUGGACCACGUGUCGCUCACCCCCGUGCCCGGCGAGCCCCUGGACCUGGACGCGCGCCACCCCAACGGCCACUACUGCCUCAACCUGGAGGAGCCCGAGCACCGCAAGGCCGCGGUGGCGCUGUUCCACAUCUGGCAGGCCGGCGGCGGCUCCUCCUGGCUGUCCGCCUCCCUCAACGGCGCGCCCCUGCACCUGCCGCGGACGCAGGACGCCCUGCCCGCCAAGCUGCGAUGGCCCGAGGCCAUCCCCACAGCCGGCACCCUCCUAGUCACCGUGCGGAACAACGCAUCGCUGGAUCCCGCACUGGCGCCGUCGCCGGCGGCGGUGAUGCCCAGUGGCGGCGGCGACACGCACAGGUCGGGGGCGGCGGACAGCGUGCCCGUGGCGGCGGCUACUGCCAGCGGUGCUACUGCCGCCAGCGGGGGCACGGGGCCGGGGGGCGCUACAGCCCGCAGCGGGGUAGCGAGUGGGUGGGGCGGCGACACGGCACGGAGCGCCUUCUCGGACCUGCCGGGCGGAGGCGGCGCCGAGGGCGGCGGCGGCGGCGGCGGUGGCCUCACGGCACGUAGUGGCGCCACCACGGCGCGUUCGGUGCUGGUGGCGGGCCCUGGCGGCGGGGGCGGGGAUGCAGGAGCGGGUGGCGGCGAGGCGGCGGGUGGCGGUGGGGGUGGCGGUGGGGGUGGCGGUGGUGCUGCGGACCGUCACGUGCUGAGUGGUCCGCUGUUUGGCUGCCUCAUGAAGGCCGUGGAGAGCAGCGCCGGCAGCGAGGUGUGGAAGACGCAGCUGCUGGCUCUGGCGACCAAGGUGGCCUACGUGUCUGCGGAGCAGGCGGGCCGCCUGCUGGGGCGGCUGCGCUACCGCUCCGAGCGCGCCGACGCCGCCGCCACACUGCUGAGCGCCUGCCCCGACCUGCACCGCGCGCCCUGGGCGCUGGCGCAGUUCGCGGGCUUUGGGCCGGACGACUUUGCGGAGCUGCUGCAGGAGCUGAGCCUGGCCCCGCUGCUGCCUGUGCGCACACGGGUGGUGAACGGCUGGCAGGACUGCUGCACGGGGCACAUGCGGCUGGACCUGGCGCAACUGUCCCACCGGCUGCUGGCGGUGCUGCUGGUGCAGUUGGCCACUCGCGGCAGUGGCUCCAGUGGCUGGGCCGUGCCGCAGGCCGCCGCCCCCAUAGAGGACCUGUUGGGUGCCGCCACGGCCCGACUGGGCGACGCCACCGCCUGCAUGCGCGGCAUCACCUUCGGAGGCGCGCCGCUGGGGCACAGCGUGAUCUACCUGUCCUCCGCCAACAUCCCCACCUCGGGCUUGCUGGACCUGCACUACGUCAACGUGCGGCCGCGGCGGCACGUGCAGUACGUGGGCAUGGGGCUGGGCAAGCAGCGCCGCACGGCCCCAAGCAUCCUCAGCGGCAAGACCCCAGCCGCCGGCCCGCCCGCCACCGGCGCCGCCACCACAAGCGGCGGCACCGCCGCACCCACCCGCGCCGGCAGCAGCGCCGGCGGCGCCCCCCUGCAAGCCUGGUCCUCCAGCACCGCCGCCGCCGCCGCUGCCGUCGCCGCCGCCGCCGCCGCCGGCUCUCCCGCCGGCAGCCGCCCCUACACGCCCGCCGCCGCCACCGACUCCCAAUCCACACUGGGUGGGCCGCCACUGCUCCCCGAAGCCACCGGCGGCACCAGCAUUGGCCCGAGCCGCAUGAGCACCGCGGAUCGCAGCAGCAACAACGGCGCCGCCGCAGCCACCGCCAGCGGCCUGAGCGCGUCGCUUGCGAGCGGCUCCACUACCGCUGCUCCCAGCGGCGCGGCAUCAGCUGCCGUCAGCUUCUUGAGGCGGCCUGGAGGCGGCGGCGGCGGAGAGCCGCGGCCGCCUGUGGCUGUGGGUGCGGGUGUGGUGGCGGUGGAGGCGCUGCGCAUGGCUGCGUCCUUCCUGUCGCCCUCAUUGGCGCUGAACGCGCAGAUCGGCAAAAAGAACUGGUGGCAGCAGUACCUGGUGGCCUGGGAGGGGCUGUACCAGGAGGCACUGCUGCGGCUGGGGCUGCAGCACAACGCCGCGGGGCUGGCGGGCUGGAGGCACGCGGGCAGCAUGUGGAAGGCGAAUGGGUACCGGCUGUUCUCCCACAAGCUGCACGACGAGGUCCGCGCCCGACACGACAGCUACGGCGGCGGAGGAGGAGCAGGAGGCGGCGGGCGGGGCAGCCACGGCGGCGGGCGGCGGGCCAGCACCACCGCAGAGGGGGCGGACGAGGGGGCGGCCGCGGGCGGCAAGAGGGGCGCCGGCAAGAAAGACGCCAAAAGCGCCAAGAAGGGCAAGGGCGGAGACACAGACGAGGAGGGAGGCGGCGGCAAGGGCAAAGGCGGCAAGGGCAAGGGAGGCAAGGGAGGGAAGGGCGGCAAGGGCGCGGGCAAGGGCGGCAAGGCCGUGCCGGACGCCGGCGGCGGCUGGGGCCCGGGCGUGGACGCGGCCACCUCCCGAGUGCUGUCGGCACUGGACCACAAGUGUCGGCAGUUGGUUCCCCUGAUGACGGACCUGGCGUGUCAGGUGUCGCUCAGCACCUACCAGGUCCUCCACCUGCUGCGGCUGCUUCCCGACUUUGACCUGCGGCUGCGCACCCUGGUGGCGCUGUGGCCCGCCAUAUGGGACCGGGGCAAUGUGGCGGACCUGGUACUGGACCUGGACCACCCCGUGGUGCUGCCACCGCCGCCCAAGAGCACGUCGGACUUGCACCCGCUGUCGUCCCACACCGCAUCCUCCUCACCGGGCCCACGCACGAUGGGGGCCUCCAACCCCGCCGCCUCCGCCGCCGCCGCCUCCCCCAACCCCACACGCUCCGGCGAGGCCGCCGCCACCCCUGUGGCGGCCGCAGGCGGCGCGCGCAGCAGCGGCCCGCGCCGAACCACCGGCACGGGGGAUGGCAGCGGGCCCCGGCGCACCACCGGCACCGGGGACGGCAGCGGGACGGGGCGCUCCGGGUCGCCGGGGCCGGGGCAGGCACCGCCGCUUGAGGCCCCGCGGCUGCUCAUCCGUCCGCGCGGCUUCACGCCAGGCCCCCACACGGGCGACGAGCUGCUUCUCAAGGCCGCCGCCUGCCUGGGCUGGCGCGCGCUGGCGCUGCCCUGGGCCACCCCCGGCAGCCUGGCGGGCCGCACGCUGCACUUCCACAUGGGCGCCAUCGACCAGCUGCAGGCGGUGGCGGCGCUGUGCAGGUUCAACGACAGGUGCUUCAAGUCCAUUGGGCAGCAGGUGGUGACGGGGCUGGCGUGUGACGGCGCGCCGCAGGACGUGGACGAGGCGGAGGGGCUGCCGGGCGGGCUGUGGCAGCUGAUCCUGUCCCGCACCGUGCUGUGCCUGGACCGGCCCGAGUUCGGCACCGUGAGCCUGCAGCUGGGCAACAUCACCACAGAGGCGCAGAGGGCGGUGGCGGCGGUCAGCAUACAGGCCGCCUGGCGCGGCCACCUGGUCCGGCGGCGCUGCUACGAGGCGGCGGAGGCGCGCGCCGGCGCCAACGCCUGGCGGCGGCUGGUGGGCGUGAUGCGGCUGCUGCGGCGGCUGGCGCUGAUGCGCACCCUGGGCGCCGACCUGGACAUCAGCAGGGCACAGGCGGAGAUGGAGCGAGGCUACCUGCGCAUGUUGUAUGGCCCCACAGCGGCCUAGGCGCGGGCGGGCGGCGGCGGCGAGCCGGGAGCCCAGAGCGGGAGCGGCUGCAAGCAGUUCGGGGUGGGGUGGUUGGGGGUGUUGGUUCCACCAUUUUCCAACACGACACGGGGAGUUGGGGAGGGGAGGGCCUCCGGCCCUGGCCCAAUGCAUGGCAACAUGGCAGGAUGCUGCUUCGGCGCGUUAGUACGAAAACUUGCGUGUUGUACCUCCCGUGUAUUGUGUGAGGCCACGGAGGCCACAUCACCACGUCACUCACACAGCGAUAGUGGCAGUUUGAAAGACGGCUGACGGCGUGAUGAUUGAAGUACUGCUAACGUGCUGUUGUUGAUUGCUGGUACCGCUGGGUCUUGUGUCUUUGGAUGUGCCCUAACAGUGACGAGAUUGCAUACCGUGUGGGUUUGGGUCAGCGCCACUCAGGGUGGUGUGUGUGGGGCAGGGCAGCCAGGACUGAACCGCACCGGCGCCGGUGUGUCCCUUGCACGUGCACACCGCAGCAGGGGCCCACGAGCUGUGGGGGGGGCCCUUGGGGACUGGGGUGUGCGUGGGCGCGGCUGUGCGCAUGUGUACACAUGUGGCCGCGGCACGCAUUGAGAACGUGUGCGGCCGCCCCGGAUACUGUAUUGCGCGGGUUUGCAGCGAUCCACAGGCAUGUAUGUGUGUGCGCGCGUGUGUGGAUGUCUACAAGCUAUUUUCCCCGUGUAAGGCGCACGCUCC